AGAACCCAUUGCUGGGGCUGGCCGGCCUGUGCCUUGGAUCCUCUAAGGAGAUGGAACUGCGCUCAACCAGGAUGAGAGGCUGCCCGACCAAUGCAGCUGCCGCCCCCUCUGCUGCAGAGGCUUUGCUUUUUGACUCCCUGGUGACCCUAAAGUUGAAGAGCUUCCGGCCGGAGGCCAUUAGAUGGGACACCCGGAAGGCGGAACUUCUAGGGCGGAAGUGGCCGAGAGGCGAGGAGAAUGGCGGCGGGAGGCUGGAUUUGGCGUUGGGGCUGGGGCCGGCGGUGCCUGGGAAGGCCUGGGCUUCCCGGCCCCGGCCCUGGCCCCACUACACCUCUCUUUCUUCUUUUGUUGCUGGGGUCUGUGACUGCGGAUAUAACUGACGGCAACAGUGAACAUCUCAAGCGGGAGCAUUCGCUCAUUAAGCCCUACCAAGGGGUCGGUUCCAGCUCUAUGCCCCUCUGGGACUUCCAGGGCAGUACUAUGCUCACGAGCCAGUACGUACGUCUGACCCCUGACGAGCGCAGCAAAGAGGGCUCUAUCUGGAACCACCAGCCCUGCUUCCUCAAGGACUGGGAAAUGCACGUCCACUUCAAAGUCCACGGCACAGGGAAGAAGAACCUCCAUGGAGACGGCAUCGCCUUGUGGUACACCCGGGACCGCCUCGUGCCAGGGCCUGUGUUUGGAAGCAAAGAUAACUUCCACGGCUUAGCCAUCUUCCUGGACACCUACCCCAAUGAUGAGACCACCGAGCGCGUGUUCCCGUACAUCUCGGUGAUGGUGAACAAUGGCUCCCUGUCCUACGACCACAGCAAGGAUGGGCGCUGGACUGAGCUAGCGGGCUGCACGGCUGACUUCCGCAACCGCGAUCACGACACCUUCCUGGCUGUGCGCUACUCCCGGGGCCGUCUGACGGUGAUGACCGACCUGGAGGACAAGAACGAGUGGAAGAACUGCAUUGACAUCACGGGAGUGCGCCUGCCCACCGGCUACUACUUCGGGGCCUCCGCCGGCACCGGCGACCUGUCUGACAAUCAUGACAUCAUCUCCAUGAAGCUGUUCCAGCUGAUGGUGGAGCACACGCCCGACGAGGAGAGCAUCGACUGGACCAAGAUUGAGCCCAGCGUCAACUUCCUCAAGUCGCCCAAAGACAACGUGGACGACCCCACGGGGAACUUCCGCAGCGGGCCCCUGACAGGGUGGCGGGUGUUCCUGCUGCUGCUGUGCGCUCUCCUGGGUAUUGUCGUCUGCGCCGUGGUGGGGGCCGUGGUGUUCCAGAAGCGGCAGGAGCGGAACAAGCGCUUCUACUGAGCGGCACCACCAGCGGGGCCUGCGCCUGGGCCCAGGAGCCAAUGUGAACUUUUUUUUUUACUGGGAUUAUAGAAGAACAAGAUGACCUUAUUUCUUAACCGUUUCAAAUAAAUGAUUAAAGUAUUUUCAUACAUUUUGCUUCUUGCCCAGCAGGGACAGGUGGCAGAGCCGAGGCUCAGGGUCUGGCACCCCUGCAGCCGGAGACGGAGGCUCUCCUGGGGCUGGCGUCUCAGUGCAGGGGUCUGUGCCUAGAGCUGGGCUGCAGCCCCUGCAGGCAGCUGUUGAACACUGGAGGGUCCCCCGAACCACACUGGGGUGGGCUCCUGAGGACGUGGGGAAGUGAUUUUGUUUUGUGGCGUGUGGCACGUGUGGCGGCAGAUGAGGCCUGAACUGGGAAACCCAGGCCUUCCUGUUCACCCUGAGCUGCUUCCUGAGACAGAUGCUCAAGCGCGGCUGCAGGGUGGUGUGGUGGGGCUGAGUGUGACCGUUUGCUAAAUAAAGUGAAAUACCCAACCUCA